UCACGGGGGCGUGGUAGGGUGAUGUUCAAUUGAGCUACAGGGAAUCCAGAACACGUACUUCUAUCUAUUUCAUCGUACAUAUAUCCACCGGAGACACGUCAACCGGGCCACACCGUCUAAAACCAAACCGGACCCAACCACCAGUCUUCAUCCGGAAGAAAAGCCCGGAAACAAUAACCGCACGGACGAAAGGUAUCGUCGGCAAUUCGGAUCUAUACCGUCGCAGUGUUCGCCAAAUCAACAUCACUAGGUGAAUUUUUCUCCACCAUACUCGUAUUCCCGGGGAAAGUUACUCCGAGUCAGUUCCAUACGUUACCUCGGCCGGCGAGAAGAACUAGGGAGGCCUCUGUUGUGGGAUGGCUUUGAAGGCGGUGCACUGAUGUCACUGUUCUGGAUUGUGAUUCGGCGGCUAGCAGAGAUCGAAGCAAUGGCUACAUCAAAGAAAGUGAUUACCAAAGAAGAGUGGGAGAAAAAGCUUAACGAUGUAAAGAUCAGGAAAGAAGACAUGAAUAAGUUGGUGAUGAAUUUCCUCGUCACAGAAGGUUAUGUUGAUGCUGCUGAGAAAUUCCGGAUGGAAUCUGGAACUGAACCAGAUAUCGAUCUUGCAACAAUUACAGAUCGCAUGGCAGUGAAGAAGGCAGUUCAAUGUGGUAAUGUAGAGGACGCAAUUGAGAAAGUUAAUGACUUAAAUCCUGAGAUACUGGAUACCAAUCCACAGUUGUUUUUCCAUCUUCAACAGCAAAGGUUGAUAGAAUUAAUUCGGCAUGGGAAAGUAGAAGAGGCUCUAGAGUUUGCCCAGGAGGAGCUUGCACCAAGGGGAGAAGAAAAUCAAAGCUUUUUAGAAGAGCUGGAGAGGACGGUUUCUCUUCUUGCUUUUGAAGAUGUUUCCAACUGUCCUGUUGGAGAACUUCUGGACAUUUCACAGCGCCUAAAGACUGCCAGUGAGGUGAAUGCUGCCAUCCUUACUAGCCAGAGCCACGAAAAAGAUCCAAAGCUUCCAAGCUUGUUAAAGAUGCUGAUCUGGGCCCAAAAUCAGCUUGAUGAGAAGGCUGCCUAUCCGCAUAUAAACGACUUGUCCACUGCCACGCUUGAAGACCCUGCCAUCUGAAAACGGGUGUGACUUCAAUGGGUGGAGGAUUUAGGUGUUUCUAGAUUGAAUGGGUCAAGUUCGUUGUAAUGAAACAUGAUGUUUGUACUUUUAUCUGAAAUCGACUGUAUCUCGUUGUCCUUUACAUGUCAUCCACAUUGGAUUUAAUUCCUUGCUACAAGCUUUUCGGUGGCCUUGUGCUGUACACAUAAUUUUGAAUAUUUUCUCUUGUUCUAGCUCAAUGCUAUAAGGUGGUUGAAGAUUUCUUUUAA